UAUCAAUGGAAAUAUUGAGAGAAAAUAAUCUCCAAACAAGAAAAUUGUGAGGCCAUUCCACAAUUCCUUCUGCAAUCUUCCAUCUGAGUUCAUCCUUCCUCUGCUGAUUUUUCUCAGCUGUUCUUUUCUUUCUGGUAUUAGAAAGGUGUGGCUGAACUAGAUUCUUAAUUAUGUCCUAUACGUGACCCACCCCUGGCUGUCUCCCCUGGCUGAUUUCUGGAGUUGGGUUGGGUUGGGUUGUUGCUAAAAUGAUGUCUCAGGUAAAGCACACAAUUAGGAAGAUUGAGGGUUUGAUUUGGUUUCCUUUGCAAGCUCUGUAAAAUGAAACCAUACAGUAGAUCGAGAAUCUGAGCAUCAGAAAUCUGGAUCGGAGACUUGGUGCCAAUGGGGGAGGCAUUCUCGGAAGACCAAUUCAAAGGAAGGAGCAUAUUGGUAGGGCUUGAAAUGAAUGCCAAGGGCAAGGAGUUGCUCGAUUGGACACUCAACACAGUGGCCGAGCAAGGUGAUCGAGUCGUGGCAGUUCAUAUCUGCCAUUACUCAGACCUCAAGAACACUACCUUUUCUCUCAUCAAAGUGUUGGAAGACUACCUGGAAACAUGCGAGAGCUUAUGUAAUCUUAAGCAAAUUGUUCUAGUGGGCAGGGUGUCGAGGGGGAAGUCGAUCAGAGAGACUUUGGUGAAGGAGGCCAAGGUCUAUGAUGCCGAAAAAGUAAUAGUAGGAGCAAACAAGCAAAUCUCACUAGGAGGCUCAGCUUCACUAGCUAAGUACUGUGCUAGGAAGCUCCCUCCAACCACUGCUGUAAUGGCAGUUCAGAAUGGAAAAGUGAUAUUCAAAAAGGUGGCUACUACUAAUGCCAAUUCAUCUCUAGAAGUGACACUGAAACCAAGCCCGGAUUGCGACCUAGUGCAGAAGCUGGCAGAGGCAAAACUUGGUUGGCCCUUGCUUAAGAGAGUAGCAACAAAGCACGUAGAAGAUGAUGCGAGGAAGAUGUCGGUGGUUCGAUGGGUGAUGAACUUGCCAAACAGAUCUUUGUCAGUGGAUCAACAGUAUCUAAAUCUAAUCCAGGAGUUAAACGAUAUCCUCAUCAGAAAUGGUUCCAACUGCAGAUGGUUUCAAUACAAUGAGCUUCAUAGUUCAACUAGUCAGUUCUGUUCAGAGAAUUUAAUUGGGAAAGGAGGGAGCAGCCAAGUUUACAGAGGGUACGUUUCAGAUGGCCAGCAAGUAGCCGUAAAAUUGUCCAAGCUUUCUGAAGAGACAUCAAGGCAUUUCCUUUUGGAGGUCGACAUCAUUACUAAGCUGGAACACGAGCUCAUUGUUCCACUGCUCGGGAUCUGCAUUGAGGACGGUACUCUAGUUUCAGUUUACAAGUACUUCCAGAAGGGAAGUUUAGAAGAAAACCUCCAUGGUAAAAAAGGCAACUGUUUACUGAACUGGAACCUGAGAUUUAGGGUUGCAAUUGGAAUUGCUGAGGCUCUUAGCUUCCUCCACAAUGAGUGUUCGACACCAGUGAUCCAUAGAGAUGUAAAGUCUUCUAACAUUCUUCUCACCGACGAGUUUGAGCCUCAGCUAUCUGAUUUUGGGUUGGCAAUGUGGGCACCUACAAGCUUGACCUAUCUGACACAAGACAAUGUGGUGGGCACUUUCGGCUGCAGAUACCUGGCUCCAGAGUAUUUCAUGCACGGGAAGAUCAGCAACAAAGUGGAUGUCUUUGCAUUUGGUGUUGUUCUACUUGAACUCUUAACCGGGAGAAAGCCAAUUGAUGAGGAAAUCUCCAAGGGUCAUGGAAGUCUGGUAAUGUGGGCAAUUCCACUACUAGAGAAACAGGAAUUUGCAGCCCUGCUCGAUCCCAACCUCAAUGACAAGUACGAAGAAGCUGAAAUGAAAAGAAUGAUGAUGGCUGCAUCACUCUGCAUCACAAGGAGGGUUCAUCUGCGACCUCGAAUGAGGGAGAUACUGAGUCUUCUGCAAGGUGAGGAGAGCAUGGAGUCAUGGAUGAACUGCCACAGCGAUGCUACCUCAAAGUCAAACAGGACGUCAGAUUGCCAGGACGACGAGGCACAUCCAUGUUCAACUUUGAGUAUAGGAUCGCAUUUAAGCCUUGCGUUGUUCGAUGUGGAGGACGACGCAUCAUCCUUCACCAGCUUUGAGCAGAGCAACCUUGGUUCUUUGGACGACUACAUAAGAGAGCGAUGGGGUCGUUCUUUAAGCUUCGAGUAGCUCUAACAAUCCGCCGGUGUCUUCUAUUAAUGUAAUCACCGAUCGUCAUCAUCAUUACUUUUUGCCUACACAGAGUAAUAUCCUAUUUUCUGAAGUCAUAAUCACAAAAAAAAAUGAUCUAAGAUUUCGUGAUGAUGCA